GAGCCAAGGGCACCAGGCAUUGGGCUAGAGAUGGCCUCCCCGGACCUGCCGCCCGCCACCAGCUACGCCCCGCCCGAAGUGCCCCUGGGGGUCCUGCUGUUCUUCACCAUCCCCUACGCCUUCUUCUUGCCCGAGCUGCUAUUUGGGUGCUGGGUCUGGAUCCUGGUAGCUGCCACCCAGGUAGCAAACCCGUUGCUGCAAGGAUGGGUGAUGUAUGUGGCGCUCACCUCGUUUCUCAUCUCCCUGAUGUUCCUGAUGUCUUACCUGUUUGGAUUUUACAAAAGAUUCGAGUCCUGGAGAGUCCUGGACAGCCUGUACCACGGCACCACGGGCAUCCUGUACAUGAGUGCUGCCGUCCUGCAGGCACACGCCACCAUCGUUUCUGAGACCCAGGACCUGAAGAACUACUUCAUCAACACCGCAGCCUCGUUCUUCGCCUUCAUCACUGCCCUGCUCUACAUCCUCCACGCCUUCAGCAUCUACUACCACUGAAGAGGCAGGGAGCCGGGCCGCGGGGAGAAGCGCUCCAGCAACACCGGGAUGAUGGGCUCCGGAAAGUCGCUCUCCACAUUCACCAUGUGGAUGACAAACAGAAGAUCAGCAAGAACAUCAACAGGCUGCACAGGCCAACUUCUCAGACUGAGUGAUGAAAUCGCGCUCUGCCAUCUCUGUUUGAACAUUUUUAAUUCAUUAUGGCGAAUAUGAAAAAGCUGGGGGGUUUGUUUGCUUGUUGGUUUGGUUGGUUUGGUUUUUGCCUGGGAAAGUAACUGUCCGUUCUGACGGGGAACCUCACUCUUCUGGAAAACCGAUAUCCAAAGUCCUCACAGGUGAGAAUCCCAGAUCUGCCAUUGUCACACCGGUUUGGGGAUUCUGCCUCAGGAGUGAGGUUCCCCCGGAGCAGGUUUAAGGGAACCCUCACUCUUGUUUUGUUAAAAUCAAAAUGGUGCUGUCGAUGCCUUCAGAUCUGAAGAAGACCCACAGACCUUGUUCCUGAGGCAUGGUUCCACCUUUGCUUUGGAGCAGUGGUGCAAAUCCGCUCUCCC